UUGCUUGUUAUUCAUUAUAUAAGAGGCUAUGUUCUAUCUCUGUUUGUCCCUUUUUCUUCUGGGACCAGAUGUGAAUAUGGGAAAUAGUUUAUCUUGGUAUGCUUUAUGUGAAGGCACCAUGAUUGUGAUUUUUGGUGUCUGUGGUUUUGAUUUAAGAUGCAGAAGUUUGGUAAUUUGAUUAUGAGCCAUUCGAUCAAUUGGUCUUAGCUGCGUGAAUGAUAGGCAAGAGACGGUCCAAGUUGGUUGUAGAUCUAGGAUAUAAAAAUUGUUUUUUUUCCUAUUAGAUGGGAAAUGUUUGCUUCUUAGUUGUUAAAGGUUGGCAAGAAAAUCUGACGUGGAUUUGAACGGAUGAAUUCAGUAUAUCUGAGAGAAAGGUGAAAGGUAUAUGCGAUGGUUGAUGUGUUUAGAUUUCCUGAGAUCUUUGACGAUUCUGAAUAAAAAGUAAGGAACGUAUCUCUGACUUACAUAUGACUGUUCCCCUACGAUACGGUACGGCUGCAGGAAGCUAUUCACUAAUAAUAAAUUAAUAAUAAUAUUAAUAAAUAACUAUAAAGAGUAUAUCUCAUUUACAAGUUAUAUAUAUAUACAGAGAGGGAGAGGGGGAGGGAGAGAGAUGAAUCAGGAUGAUAGUUGUAAUGAUAGGAUAAGAUAUAAAAUAUGUUUGAGACUUUUCUUUGCAAAUUGUUUUAUGCAUCUAUAUAAAGUAUAGAUUCUUUUCAUAUAAAUCAAAUUAGAUUGUCUUUAUCAAAUUAAGAAAAAGAAAGGGAAGCAAGGGAAAGGAUUCCCUGUGGGAGAAGCCUCUGCUCUGAAAGGGAAAACAAAACCCCAAAUUAUUGUAUUGCGGCUUAGAGGCUAUCUAAAGCAACUUCAUCCCUUCAAUUUUGAAUCCUUCCCCCCCCAACAUUUUUGUAUAAACUUCGGUCCUAUCCCCAGGGACUCUAACCUAAACCUAUUUCCUGAAUCCUGAAACCCUAAAAACACCUAAACAUUAGAAUACUAGAUUUUGUCUUUCUAUCUCAUUGGGUUAUGGGAAGAUCAUCAAUUAUCCUCGUUUAUGUCUCUUUGAUGUUCGCUGUUUCUUAUUCGUCCACGUUCCUCAUUUCCAAUAAUUGCCCUUACACUAUAUGGCCAGGCACUCUUGCAGGUUCAGGUACACAGCAGCUACCCACAACAGGGUUCAAGCUCGACGUGGGACAGUCCGUGAGGAUUCCUUCGGUUCCGGGCUGGUCAGGCCGGAUAUGGGGUAGGACUGGCUGCAACUUCGAUACCUCUGGUGUCGGGAAGUGUCUGACUGGAGAUUGUGGUGGGAGAUUGGAGUGUGAUGGGAAUGGCGCGACUCCGCCAGCAUCACUUUUUGAGAUCACACUCGGGGGAUAUGGCGACAAAGAUUUCUACGAUGUCAGCCUCGUCGAUGGGUACAACCUUCCCAUGGUGGCUCUUCCGACACGUGGAGCGGUUGGAGCAUGUAACGCCACCGGCUGUGUAGCUGAUCUUAACCUGGGAUGUCCGAAGGAGCUUCAGGUGGUGGGGAAGGAGGAGGAAGAGGGAGGAGUUGUUGCAUGCAAGAGCGCAUGCGAGGCAUUUGGAUCAGACCAGUACUGUUGCAGCGGCCAGUUUGCGAACCCAAACACAUGCCGUCCGUCUUUCUACUCUACGGUCUUCAAGAAAGCUUGUCCUAGAGCUUAUAGCUAUGCCUACGAUGAUGGAACCAGCACUUUCACCUGCAAGGCUUCAGAAUAUGCUAUCAUUUUCUGCCCCGUUACUAAUAGGAUAAAACGACCCGGCAACCAAUUCUCGGCUCCUCCUACCGAGGAGGGUCAGAACGGGCAAUUCAUGGCUCCACCGACUCCGAACACAGCAAUGCCAACUCAGAAUCCGAAUGGUCAGUAUAUGUCUCCUCCCCCAGCUCAGGGCACAGUCGUACCACCACAGAAUCAGAAUCAGGACGGACCGUUUGUCGCUCCCCCAACACAAAAUACUGCGACACCGACGCAAAAUCAAGAUCCGAACGGCCAGGUCAUGGCUCCCCCAACUCAGAAUCAGAAUCAGGACGGACCGUUUGUGGCUCCCCCAACACAAAAUACUGCGACACCGACGCAGAAUCAAGAUCCAAACUGCCAGGUCAUGGCUCCCCCAACCCAGAAUCAGAAUCCGGGUGGUGGGGGGAUGGGGAGAGUUGUGGAGAUGCAAUCCUCUUCAUCAGAGAUAACAGUUCAUCGUGUCCAGUUUUCCAUGCUUACUGCCAUCUGUUUCAUUGCACUGAGGCAGUUCGGCCCCAUGGAAUGAAACUUUUAUUCAGGCCCUUUUGCCUUUCGGUAGAGAGGAGGCGUUGUCCUCGGGAGAAGCACAUACAGAGAUACGUAAACGACGGAAAUUCAGAAGAAACCGGAAAGAUAUUUCUAUUCGUUCGUGUUAUUGUUAGUGUAACACAUACACGCAUAUGGCUGGUUGGUAUCAGUGAGUGAAUGAAGAGUAUUGCUCUAUAUGAUGAUAACACGAAGCCACCACGGCCUAUGCAACAAUAAUGAUUUUAUUGUUCUUGGUGCUGUGCUGUGCUUUGCGUUGCUUU